UCGACGACAGACAGAGAGCGAGGAUGGCGACGCUUCUUUUGUGCGUGUGAACAACGAAGAAAGAAAAGAGCAGUCUGCAAAGUAAUCGUCUAGGAAUCGUCAGUAGCGCACUCAUAACAAUAUGGACUUGAUGAUCGGUAAGCCUACGCGCGAAGGCGUGCGAGGCGGACGCGCUGCGUUUUCAUGGGACGAAGUGAAGACGGACAAGCAGCGCGACCAUUACCUCGGCCACUCGAUCAUGGCGCCCGUGCAGCGGCUCGGGCAGCGCGGCGACGCGCUCUGGUACGCUAGAGAUGGGAAGGCGGGCGAUGAGGAGAAGGAUGAGGAGAGGAGCGAGGAGGGAAGGAGGGCGAGAAGGGAGACGGAGGAGGAGAGACGGCGGAGGAAAGCGAAGGAGAGGAGGGAGGUUAAGGAGGCGGAAGAGCGGGCACUGGCUGAGGCUUUGGGGAUUCCGUAUGUUCCCAAGCCUCGUGAUGAUGAUAGCGAUGGGGAUGACAGAGUACGCGAGAAGAGCGGGAGUCGGAGCAGAAGUAGGAGUAGGAGUCCAGAUAGAUCGAGAAGAUCCGAACCAAGACAUCACAGACGGUCUGAUAGCAGAGACCAUGGACGCCACCGCUCAAGUCACCACAGAGCGCGGGACCGCUCAGAGGACGCUGCUGAUGAAAGAUCGCGUCAUAGACGACAUCACCACCACCACCAUCGGCAUCAUCAUCGACCUCAUGAGCAUCGCCACCGGUCUCGCGAUGACGAAGACGCUCGUGACCGCCGUGCUGAUCGUGAUGUAAGAAAGCAAGAUAUGGUUGAAGACAGAGAAAAACCUGCUCGCAAUGAACGGUCGGAGAAAAAUCGAAGCGAGGUCUCGCAAAGUGCGGCGAGUGAGGAGUUCAUCCAUCCGUCUAGAAGACGUUUGGUGGACAGGAAAUAGUUUAGAAUAUACUGUAUUAUAUAAAAAUAGCCCUAUCUUACAAACCAACAAA